UUACACUUUCACUCUCGACCAUACAUCUGAGAGAAGAAUUAACCGUGUUUCGGUUUUGAGCGAGGAUUUACGGAUAAUCUUACAAAGUACGUGUGAUUUAUACGAAAAAAGGAUUUAUAAAAUUAAUUGUAUGAUAAUUUUAUCAUCAUACAAUCUUUUUAGAAGAAGAAAUGAAUUACACAGAAGAAGACAAGUACUCAAAAAAAUUAAAGCAAGCAGGAUUCCAACAACAGCUAGGAAAACGACAAAACGACGUCAUCGACUUCCAAAGAAGAAAACAUAUAUGUAUAUAUAUAUAUAUAGAAUUAAAAAGAAAUAAAGAAAUAAAAAUCGAUUCAUUAUCGACGAUCAAGGCCAGAAGCAGAGUGUUCGAGAAACAGAAGCCAGGGUUUAAAGGCAUUCCAAGAGGCGGCUUUCCAGCCAGUAGCCGUCAAGAUUGGAAAAGAUCGAAGACCAUCCGCGUCGUACGCUUUCGACACAACGAUCUAGCCAACGAUCUUCUAACCAUAGAGACUCGUCCCAGACGAAGAAGGCGCAGGUGCACGUUGCAGCAGUGAAAGUAUCCGAGUGCAGUUGCGAUCUGUCAA